AUGGAACCUGAACACAUUGAGAAUGCACCUGCCCCUCCUCCUGGUAAUCCUCCUAAUGUUGAGGAAGAUGUUCUUCCUCAACUUCCAUUAGGUGCUAGUAGGUCUUUAAAGUCUGAUGUCUGGCCUCACUUCACUAGGAUGAUGGUAAAUGGGAUUCUGAAAGCAAAAUGCAACUACUGCAAGAAGGUUUUGGCUGGGAAAUCUAGUAAUGUGUCUGCCUCGGAAUUAAAAGCUCUAGAGGGGGUUUUCUCAGCUAUGGCAAUGGAUGAUGCCUCGGUGGAAGGGUGCAUUGAUGGAGAUGGACGUGAAUCGAAGCAUAAAGGAGAUGAGGAUGAGGUAGCUGCUGUGAUCAGCCUGCUGGAGUAG